GAGGCGAUGACCUGACACAAAACGCAAUUUUCUCAGUAAUCCGCCUGAGUUCUUAAAUGGGUCGGGUUAUAGAUUCCAACGUAAUCCACUCCCAGAAAUAGAAUUUGCCCACUAUUCGCUAAACCCGCACUUCCCAUGGAGGUCGCCACCAUGGCUUCCCAUAUGUUCCCGGCAACCAGGAUGAAGCUGUCUUCUUCGUUGUCUUCACGCGCUUCAGCUCCUUCCUCUUUGCCGAAGCUCUCUCUAUCUACGAGUUUCCUCUCUCCUUCUGUUGUAGGCUCCGUUUCCGCUGACUUCUCCGGCCAUAGGAUCCGACCCGCUUCUCUCAACCCUUACAAACCUUCCGGCUCCGGUGCCAAACGCGGCGUUGUUACCAUGGUCAUUCCCUUUUCCAGAGGAAGUGCAUGGGAGCAGCCCCCUCCAGAUUUAGCUUCUUACUUAUACAAGAACAGAAUCGUGUACUUGGGCAUGUCUCUAGUUCCAUCCGUCACAGAACUAAUAUUGGCUGAAUUUCUUUACCUUCAAUAUGAAGAUGAGCAAAAGCCUAUCUAUCUUUACAUAAAUUCGACCGGGACAACCAAGGACGGAGAGAAGCUGGGAUAUGAGACAGAGGCUUUCGCAAUUUAUGAUGUAAUGGGCUAUGUUAAGCCCCCAAUAUUUACAUUAUGUGUUGGGAAUGCUUGGGGAGAAGCUGCCUUGCUUUUGGCUGCUGGUGCAAAAGGAAAUCGUUCUGCCUUGCCCUCAUCAACGAUCAUGAUAAAGCAGCCCAUUGGUCGAUUUCAAGGUCAAGCAACAGAUGUCGACCUUAUGAGGAAAGAAGUGAAAAAUGUGAAGGCAGAAUUGGUCAAACUAUACUCAAAACACACAGGAAAAUCAGUUGAGCAGAUUGAAGCUGACAUAAGGCGGCCAAAAUAUUUCAGUCCAAGCGAGGCAGUUGAAUAUGGGAUCAUUGAUAAGGUUCUUUACAAUGAAAGGGGCAGUGAAGAUAGAGGAGUUGUGUCUGAUUUGAGGAAAGCACAACUUAUUAAUUGAGUUAGAACUCAACACUCGUCAGAGCUUUUGCAAUGAGGAACAACAUGGAUGGGGGUAGCCUGAAAUUAUCCUUACUGUGUACAUUCUUUAAGGACGAGUGAGGCUGUUCCAUUAAAGAAAUGAGAAUCCCUUUUGGGAUCCAAAGUUAUGAACCAUGUUCGACUUCUACCGGCAAUUCAUACACAAGGCUAUUACUCUCUGUAAACUCUUUUUUAAAUGCCUAAGUUUAGUUUUUCUUGAUUAUUAUUCUCAUGUUUGUGUGGUAGUUGUACUCUAUUUUGUAACACUCAUCUUCUUAGUCCCAUAUUGUCCAUUUAGCCAAUCCUUCAAUUACCUACCGUGCAGCUUAUUAUUCCAGGUUUAUCUGAUUUUCUUAUAUGUAGUAUUCAGUCAUCAUGCUGAGUUUUGCUGAGAUUUACCCCUAUUUCAUUAAUUUGAACUAAUAAUUGUAACAUGGCUGGUAGGCACUUGGCACAUUGUCUAGAUUCUCUAGAAUUUCCAAUUGCUUGUUCUUUUCGAAGGACUCACGCCACACCACCAUUACCAUAAUGCUUCAUCCUUCUUUUGGCAAAAUUUAGGGCAUUUGGACAUCUGGAAAGGUGAGAGUAGGGGGUUGAUUUUGACUUCUGUUGGUGUUUGCUCUACUUUAUGUGGGCCUUUCUUGGUGUUCAGUUAGAUCUGCUCAUUUAUUGGUGGUAAAUAGUAACCUAUCAUUGCUGAGCUCACUCUUUACUUUGAAGUUACUACCUUUUCUGCUCCCUGGCAUUCUUACAAGUGUUCAAACGUGCUGAGUUUUAAGUAAAAGUAUAGAAAUGCCCAGAAAACUAGUUUGUUUCAACGGCGUACAUAAUUUCUUUGCUCUUAUUAGUGAUCUCUGGACCCGGUGAGGCUAUGACUCAAAGCCAGUUGUUUCCACCAUUUUCAUAUAUUGAAAGUGGUUUUCUAUAGUUUUUUUAAUUCUGCCCCUGUAUCUCUUGUUCCUAAUAUUUGUGCAUCUAACUGUAUGGUGUAUGAGCGGCGUCGUUUUCUCUUAUGAUGUGAAUUAUACACAUUCAUUUUGGUGUACAUUUCAUUAGUGAAAUCAAAUUAGCGUACAGAAACUGUGAUGAAGAUUUCAUUUUUGUUUAAAGAAUGCAUUAUUUUUUGUUUGAAUUAACUCCCUUCCUAAGGGUUAGAAAACUUGUUUGUCAAGUGAAUAUAAAGCAGAUACUGCACAAGUCAUUAUGAUUUUGUCUUUAGUACGAUCACUGCUUUUUGUUUAUGGAUUAUUUUACUUUUUCAAAUGUAAGCAUGUUAGAUGUCUGAAGAACACAACAAAGAAAGAUCGAUUGAUUGCAUUUGGGUGAGCGAUGGACGGACCAGAUUGGAGGUCACCAACACCAAAGCUACGCCAAAUUUGAUUGGGAAAAUCGUAUGUGUCUACUUUCGUAUUAUACGUGUCAGAUCAAAGAACAAAUGGUCAUUUCUACCUAUAAACUAAUGAGGAGGGGGGAAUUCUGAC